CUAGCGCCCCUUCACUGGCUGCUUCUGCGAGGUAGUUCGCCCGGGGAUCGAGCAAAGAGAAGCAGCCUGUCCAGCGCUUCGGUGCAGCAACGUUUAACGCCAAGGCACACCCUGACUUGGGCGCGACACUCAAAGGACUUCAACAGGCUCAACAGGACCUGUAGGCUCAGUCGGGCCGCUGCAGAGCAGUCGGACAAAGGUGCAUGCAACAAGAUGUGCAAGGACGAGCACUCUCCCACGAUUUCAUCAGCCUCGCUCGAGAUGUCCAGCGCUAUGCAGACUCUCACGCUCACCGCUGCUGAUCUCACUGCAUCAAAGGCUCGUCGCUCCGACAAGCAAGAGAGCUCACGCUCGAGAGUUUCAUCCUCUGCGUCUGGCUUGACGAGUUCGAGCUCAGACGUGUCUGUCUAUUCCACGCCUGGCAUCGAUCCCAACGAGACCUCUUCUGCUCCUUCAUCACCUCACAGUCUCUUGGAAAAGUCGAAUGGAACGGCCACGCAUGCAGACACGUCUUAUACCACGCCUGCUCUCUCGUUCAGCCUUUCGUCAGCUUCGGAGUCGAGUCACGCCUCUUCUGUUCUCGCUCCCGCCGUUUGCUCUGUUUCGUCUCACCCGACGAGCAAGCACGUUCAGGAGACCCACAGCUUCACAGUCGCUACGCUGCCUCGCCGUCAGCCUCAAGAGCAGUCAUCACCCGCCAAGCGAUUUGAUCACGGUCUCAGUCAGCUCGACAAGCUCGAACGUACACCCGGCUCGCCCUCGCCGCUUUGGAAACUCGGCGAGAAUGGUCAAUUGAUUGACGAGUCGGCCGGCACGCAGUACGAGAUUGCAGACGAGAUCCUUCAACUCCAAUCGGACUACUCGCCUUCUCAAUCGCGCUACUCAUUCAUACAAGACAAGCGCACAGGUCAGGACUCCUCUUCGACGUUGACUGCCACUGCAAAGGCAUUCGAGACGCGCUCGAGCCUUACAGGCAACACGUCAUCACAAGAAUUGCCCAAGUCCAACGAUGCCUGGUCCAUUUGGGAUGACUACCGUCAGUUCAAACAGGCCACCACUUCCUCCGGCGACAGCUCGCCUUCCAAUGCUUCGGCCGUCUCGUUCACUUUGCAGCCACCGGUCGCGCCGCCCUCGAUCCACUCGUCGAUCAAGACAGACGGCACAUCGACGCCCUUUGCAGAAGAUCUCGACCCUCUUGCUGCUGCCCAGCAUCAUCUAGAGCUCGAUGCCGCUUUCAAGGCUCUUCAGAUGCAGGCUCGCCAGCGUGCCGCGCAGGCUACAUCGCUCAAUUAUGCAAACGCUGCAGACCAAGUCUCGCUCGCUCACGCUCUUGCACAAGUCCAAGCGAGUUCCUUUGCCCAGAGUGCUCCUCGUCAAGGCAAUGUGCCUACUGUCACUGCGGCAGGACUCGCCGCUCUGGCUCGCAGCAGCGGCAUGGCGCCUUCUACGCUUCAUUCUGCCCCCGAUCAGCUCGCUUCUGCCGCUCGUACUUCGAGCCACUUGCACAGCACUUCAGAACUUCACAGGCUCGAACAAGAAGCGCUCGAUCAGCAGAUCUAUCAAGCUUCGCUCUAUUCGCCGCCCUUGCCCGCUUCGAGCUAUAUCCAGCAAGCUGCCGCCCAAUCGCCUCGUCUUGAGACCACCUUCAGAGAGGCUGCCUCGCGUGCUUCCUCGGAGAGUGAUGCUACGGCUCAGUGGUACGCUUCGGCGCUCGCUUCGAUCGCAGCAGGUUCGCGUGACACGUCGUUGCUCACUGCGCUCUCGAACACGCUCGAUGAAUCGUCAGGCUGGGGCUCCAAAGAGAUUGCCCAACUCGACGAGUACUUGCGCAUUGCCAAUCUUCGCGCGGCAUACGAGUCGAGCACGGGAAAGCUGUCUGUCAAUCCCGACGAGCCUCUCGGACCUAGCCCUAACAAUCGCAAGUUUGCGCUCUACAAGACUGAGCUCUGUCGCAGCUGGGAAGAGAAAGGCGCUUGUCGAUACGGCAAUCGUUGUCAAUUUGCUCACGGUCAGAAGGAGCUUCGCAUCGUCAGUCGCCACCCUCGCUACAAGACCGAGUGCUGUCGAAGCUAUUGGGUCACAGGACAAUGUCCUUAUGGCAAGCGCUGCUGCUUCAUUCACCACAGCAUGCCCAAGCCAGGCGAGCCCACCACCGAGGUCAACCUCUGCGAGCCCCGCGAGCGCACUUCGUUCGAUGCCGAGCCUGUCUCACGCCUGCACAGUCGUAUGCUCAGCCAGUCAUCAAUGAUGUCCUCAAAUUCGGGAUCGAGUUCGUUCGGCUACUCGGACCAUGCUCCCUCGUACGAUGCUCGCUACGAACCGGCUACGACUGUCCGCAAGUCUGACUCUGCCUACUUCGAAAGCGAGCCCGUCUCUUUCCUUCAGAACGGCCGCUUGCAGCACUACCAGGUCGUCCGUGAUGCCACUGGCACAGAGAGCUUCGCCUACAAGCCCUCCCAUCACUCUUCUUCGGUUUCGGCAGAUCUCAAAGGCGCAUUCGAGGCUCGCACUGCUCGUCAGCGCAUGCCAGACACAUCCGAUCUGUUCGCUCCCCGCGAAUGGCAAGGUCGCCGUCUUGCUGCUUCCAAGUGGUCUGCUCACACUGCCGCCUCUUCGCAUGACAGCUCUGCCAUCUCGCCCAAGCUCUUACAAGAAGGCGAGCUUGCCAUCUCUGCCGCCUUUGCUCUGCCCACCGAGGGCUCAUCUAUGAAUGCCUAUAACAAGACUUCGAUCGGUACCAUUGGCGACCGCCGUCGUGCGACUGCCAAGCCGACUGCCUGA